GGGAGGGAUACGGAUGUUGAGCAUCUUUUAAUUUGUGUCUGUGUUUGUUUUUGUUUUUGUUUUUGUUGCAGGUGCAUAGAUCUAGAUGGUUUGCGGUAGAUGUCUAUCGUCUUUUGGUCGCUGGAUUAGAUUUGAUGUCUGUAGAUGUGAGCAUGUCUGAAUACAAUGCCUCCCUCUCUCCCGCCCUCGAUCCGGAUUUGUCCCUCGCUAGUCGCUAGUCGCUAGUCUCUGGUCUCUAGUCUCACAUCUAAAAAUGUAACUAUUAGUGACUACGUGCCUAGGUCGUGCUUGGAUCACAACGGAAUGGAUCGCUCGGUCAACCAACCAGCGAAAGUCCAAAGACAUGCAAUGCAGAGUUGAUGGGGGCGGAAGGAUGGGAGGAUUCGCGCAAAGAGAGUUGAAGCAGUGCCCUGUUAUGCUUUGUGUCGAGGGAUCUUUGCCAAAGGUACCGAGGACUCAGACGCUCCACUCUGGAGGCUGGUUGGAACGUGGUGGGACGGAGGGAGGGAGGGAUGGGAGCUCGUGUUGGUGGGUGGAGGACCGGGUACCAUUGGAGGAGAGGAGGGUUGAUGCGCGAAAGAUGGUUGGGGAUGUGAUGGGAUGGAUGUCCUCUGGAUGCUUGUGAAUGGCAUACCGGUAUACAAACAAUACUGCUGCCACAUUCUCGUAUGAUUGUCCCAUCGUAUCGUCCAUCGCAUCGUAUCGCCCUCAGUGCUCGAGAAAUAAGCUUUCCUCUAUCCUUGCCUUGCCCGUUCACAGUUGAUCGAUAAGAGUCGACGAAAUACAUCAAAACACCUCUAGUCCCAUUAAGUUGUCCCACAUCAUAAAUCAAAAACUCCAAAAUCCAAAAUCCAAAAUCCAAAAUCCCAUUCCCAGAAUCCGACCCAGAGCCAGUGCACAAUCCUAUUCGACCGUCGACCACUGAUCCCAGAAAAAACAAGUGGGAUUGCUAUCAAUCUAUGAGUACCUACUAUUAGUUGGAAUAGAGGAAAAGAUCGUCCGAAACGAAAAAAAGAGCUACAGUUCGGUUUCAAGAUACUCUCAUCUUCCCGGUCUCUUCCCGGUCUCUUCCCAGUCCCCUCUCCCUCUUCUUUCUUUCUUUCUUUCCUCAUCAUGUCACGAUAUUCCUUCGAAGACAUUCAUCUCAAUCCUCAAGAUUCUUCUUCGCUCGUAUCUCCACCAACAUCUCCACCAAGAUACCCUUUACCACCACCACCUCAAUCGCAACCGCAACCACACAAUCCUGUAAACUCCGCCUCACAUCCAGAUUCAUUACGAGCUCACGAAUCAUAUAGCCAACAGAUUGGCAUGUCAAAUUCUGCUUCGCUAUUACAUUCGCAAGAAAACUAUGGGGAAGUGGAACCUGUGAGUCCGAUAGUAGAUAGUCCACCAAUUCCUCCACCACAUCGGUCGUCACAAUCCAGUCAGGAAUCUGGAAUACGCAAUCAAAACAAUAACACAAACGUCUCAUCGGGACCAGGUAAUUUUAGUGAUCCAGCCGCAGCUGCUAGAAACGGCGCUGCUAUGAGUGUCGCAAAUCCAAAUGCCAGGGAGAGUGGCGUGGAAGCCAUGAGACACACCCCAGGCUAUGAUCCAACACAACCUUCAUACCAAGAGUCUCCAUUCCAACGACCGUUUCCACGGCAAGAUGCAUCAACAUCAUCUCUCACCCCUUUAAAUGCUGCUGCUUUCCCAACCGGAAUGUCAACUCCUUCUUCACGCUCGACAAUUUCUGGUCGAAAUCCUCCUUCCGAUCCUUACUCGGAUUCUCCUUACCCAUAUAAUCGAUACUCAAGGGCAAUUGACCCGGAACUGGUGGAAUUUGACCCUAAUACAAUUGCAGACGACGGAGACGACGGCUUGGGAUAUAGACGAGUUAAUAGAUCUUCUGUUUUAAGUUUAAACAAAAUGUCAGAUGGUGGAUCACGAACACCUCCGGGUGGAAAAGCUGCGGCAGCUGGUGGUGUUGUGGGAGCCUUGGGUGGUCUUGUUGGAAAGAAGAAUGCGAAUGGGAAUGGAACGGGGGAAAAUAUACAAUACAAUAAUGUUACGAAUGCACAAAACGGAUAUAAUGGGACCGACACGUACAAUCUUAGUGUGGAAAAGAACGAGUGGUUGAAGAAACCACCGGGGGGUAACAAAAAGAUGAGAUUAUGGAUUGUUUUACUGGUUGGAUUCUUAAUCUUGGGGGCAAUCAUUGGAGGAGCUGUUGGUGGUGCACUGGCGGGCAAUGCGAAAGGAGGAUCGAGUUCAGGAGUCUCUCAGGAUGGUGUCAACAAUGGACAAUCUGCAUCGUCGGAUACCUCAAAAAAUGGCGAUCUGAAUAAGGAUUCGGCAGAGAUCCAAAAGUUGAUGAACAAUCCCGACUUGCACAAGGUUUUCCCCGGAAUCGAUUAUACACCAAUGUAUACACAAUACCCAGCGUGCUUGUCAUACCCAGCAAGUCAGAACAACGUUACAAGAGAUGUGGCUGUACUCUCGCAACUCAGCAAUACCCUUCGUCUCUACGGUACUGAUUGUAAUCAAACGGAGAUGGUUUUACAUGCUAUUGAUCGAUUAGGAUUGAAUGGUACUGUUAAAAUUUGGUUGGGCGUUUGGCAGGAUUCAAAUACUACUACCAAUACUCGACAACUCGAGCAGCUCUACAAGAUCUUUGAUGAACAUGGAUCAGCAUCUUUUGUUGGUGUUAUCGUUGGUAAUGAGGUUCUCUACAGAGAAGAUAUGACUGCCUCAGAGCUCACAUCUAUUAUCCAAGAUGUCAAAUCCAACAUGACAACUCGUGGCAUCCAUCUCCCAAUCGCUUCUUCAGAUCUAGGAGAUAACUGGACCGCAGAACUUGCCAACGCAGUCGAUUAUGUAAUGGCUAAUAUUCACCCCUUCUUUGCUGGUGUUACGGCUGAAGAAAGUGCUGGUUGGACAUGGGACUUUUGGCAAAAUCAUGAUGUGGCCUUCAAAACCAAUGCAUCUCAAAACAUUAUCUCGGAAACUGGAUGGCCUACACAAGGCGGUACUGAUUGCGGUGCUGCUACUACAUGUGCUCAAGGUAGUGUGGCAGGAAUCACGGAACUGAACACUUUCAUGGAGAACUGGGUCUGCGAAGCAAUUACAAAUGGAACGAAUUACUUUUGGUUUGAGGCUUUCGAUGAACCUUGGAAGAUUCAAUACAACUCGGGAAAUCAGAAUUGGGAAGAUCAUUGGGGUAUUAUGGAUGUUAAUAGAGUAUUGAAGGAUGGAGUGAAGAUUCCUGAUUGUGGAGGAAAGACAGUUUCGUGAUGAAUGUGUGCGUGUGCAUGCGUAGAUUGAAAUUUGUUUGUGGUUAAUGAUGGGAAUUCAGUGGAAUUUGAUGGGUUUGUUGAAAAGAAUGUGAAAUUCAGGAGAAAUAUCUUCUGCAAUGCUAUUGAAUGGCGAACAUUUUGGUGGAGUCAUUUCUUUUUUUGAAGCUUUUUGGCAACAUGGAAUUUCUAUACUACAAGGCGUUUUUUGGAAGGGGGAGAGGGAUAUUUUUGGCAUUUCAGAUGAGAUGAGUUGAAUUGAAAUGAACUUAUCCGGAUAUCUUUUGCGAUGAAAUGGGAUGGGAAUGUGGGGGAUUAUGUACAUAGAUAAUGAACUUUUCUACUUUAUAUGAGGGAUGGAUUGGUAUUCAUUGGGUUUGGGGACUGGAUGGAUGGAGGGAUGAAGGAAGAUGGAAAUGGAUAUGAUGUAUGAAGAAUAUAAUGAGAUACAUCUUUAUCUGUUUUAUGUUGGAUUCGAGUUUUUGAAAUUUGAAUUGUGA